AUGUCUGGAUCCGGUGAUAUCACUCAGAAAGGCUAUGAGAAAAAGCGGAAUCUACUAUUAGCAAAGUACAGCAAAGGCUGCAGUGCAGGUCCCGGCCAGUCGAAAAGUAGUCCAGGUUCUCGUGCUCACCGACAGCAUCAGCGACGUCUCACCAGAGAUGAGUCACGAUUCCAUUCCGAGAUUCGCGCCGAAGCAGUGCAGCAAGCGCUUGCAGAAUACUCUCAAGGUUACAAAGUUCGCCCCAGUAUUGUUCAACCAAUCAAGCGUCCCAGUGAAUCGCGAAAACGAUUCAGUCGAGCUUCCGAUUCGUCUUCUGAUGAUGACGACAGUCUGGUGGGUUCGUUGAAACGGAAAACCCCUGGCAAGCAGAACACUGGAUUAGGUACUUUUAUUGUUUUUCUUAUUAAUUUUACUGGAGUUCUCGGAAAGCUCCGAGUUUCGAUGUUGGCUCGGGACAUAUUUUGUGCCCUUAUGUUAUGA